AUAGCCAUUUUUACCAAUUGUAUUUUUUUUUAUUAUUUUUUUUUUUUUUUGCUUUAGACCAAUUGUCAUUAUUAGCAUCAACUUCACGAUUCAUUGAACCCAUUUUAUUCUUUGAUACUAAUUUAUUUUUCAUAUAUUAAAUCUAAUUUAUUUUCUUUUUGGCUCAAGUGAUAGUAAAUUUUGAGCAUCUAUUUCAAGGUUUCAUUUUUUUUUCUUUAUUGUUGGAUUCUUUCAUAGCUCACCCAUCCUCGAUUUUCUCAAUCUCUUUCCUUUUCUGUUCUGUUUCAAUAGGGUUUCUAUUUUUAUUUCCUUAUUUAUUUUUCCCCAGAAAUUCUUAAAUUCGUGAACGUACGAGCCUUGAUUUGGUACGAUUUUGUUUUUCUCGAUUUAGGGUUAGGGUUUUGUGUCUUCUACUCAUUGUCUUUGUUGCAUGCAAUUUUUGUGGUGUCGAUUUUCGUACCCGCUUCAAAUCUUCAUUUCUUUCCCUUGUACUGUGCAAUGGGCACUAACUAUUUUUGAUUUUUACUCUUCACAAAUCAUCAAAAUUUUAGCUUUAUUUUUUCCAAUUUAGGAUUUUGAUUUGGGAUAAAUUUUCAAUUUCUAUUUUUGGCUUCGUAGUGCAUUGAAUUGCUGCUGCAUUUGCUCGAAUUUGUUCUCUCCAAAUUGAACUAGAUUAGAGGAUGCUAUAAAGUUUAGUUCUUGGUGAGAACUCUGAGGGUAGUACUCUGAAUUUUGGAAUAGAAUGUUCAGUCCAAGCAUGGAUUCUGCAAGAGAUGUUGUGGGUGUUGUUGCAGCAGGGACAGUGCUAAUUCCCAUGCGGUUUGUGUGGCCAUAUGGGGGAAGAAGUGUUUAUCUCAGUGGUUCUUUCACACGGUGGUCUGAGCUUCUGCAAAUGUCACCAAUUGAAGGUUGCCCAUCUGUGUUUCAAGUUAUUCAUAGCUUGGCCCCUGGCUAUCAUCAGUACAAGUUUUUUGUUGAUGGAGAAUGGCGGCAUGAUGAGCACCAGCCCUAUAUAUCCGGAGAAUAUGGGAUAGUCAACACUGUAUUACUGGCUACUGAUCCUAAUUUUGUACCUGUUUUACCUCCUGACAUAAUUUCUGGGUCUAACAUGGAUGUGGACAAUGAGGCUUUUCGGCGUGUGGUCCGAUUGACAGACGGUACAUUGAGUGAGGUGAUACCGAGAAUAUCAGAUCUUGAUGUACAGACCUCGCGCCAACGUAUUUCUGCAUACCUGUCUACACACACAGCUUAUGAAUUACUUCCUGAGUCAGGCAAGGUUGUUACCUUGGAUGUUGAUCUGCCAGUGAAGCAAGCAUUUCACAUACUACAUGAGCAGGGAAUUCCCAUGGCUCCUCUUUGGGAUUUCUGCAAGGGACAGUUUGUUGGAGUUCUCAGCGUUUUGGAUUUUAUUUUAAUUUUAAGAGAGCUUGGGAAUCAUGGGUCAAAUCUGACUGAAGAAGAGCUUGAAACCCAUACCAUAUCAGCUUGGAAGGAAGGAAAAUGGACUGCAUUUUCAAGACGUUUCGUCCAUGCAGGGCCAUAUGAUAAGUUGAAAGAUAUUGCUCUGAAGAUUCUGCAAAAUGGAAUUUCAACAGUUCCUAUUAUAUAUUCUGAAGAUGGUUCAUGUCCACAACUACUACAUCUUGCUUCACUUUCGGGAAUUCUUAAAUGCAUUUGCAGGUAUUUUAGGAAUUGUUCUAGUUCGCUGCCUAUACUUCAACUUCCAAUUUGUGCAAUUCCCGUGGGCACAUGGGUCCCCAAAAUUGGGGAGUCAAAUCAUCAGUCUCUAGCAAUGUUGAGACCAAAUGCUUCUCUUGCCUCAGCCCUAAACUUAUUAGUUCAAGCUCAAGUAAGUUCAAUACCAAUAGUUGAUGAUAGUGACUCUUUAUUGGAUAUAUAUUCUAGGAGUGAUAUAACAGCCUUGGCAAAGGACAGAGCUUAUACACACAUUAAUCUUGAUGAAAUGACCGUUCAUCAGGCAUUGCAGUUGGGCCAGGAUGCUUUGAAUCCUUAUGAGUUGAGAAGUCAAAGAUGUCAGAUGUGUUUACGAACGGAUUCUUUGCAUAAAGUGAUGGAACGUUUGGCAAACCCAGGUGUCCGGCGGCUUGUUAUUGUUGAAGCUGGCAGCAAGCGUGUUGAAGGCAUCAUAUCAUUGACCGACAUAUUUAAGUUUUUCCUUUGUUAGUUUGGAUUGGUGACUGAACAAGUCUGACAGUUAGCGCAGCAGUGGUCAUGACCCUCUGCAUAUAACGCGACCACCAUCGGCCCAACCACUAAACGGGGAGAGAUGCCAGAGCUUCUGCACGGUGAUUUGAUCGUUGUUUCAUUGAAAUACAAUUGGAACUGCCUCUUGCUUCAUUGCCUUGUUUUAAGAUUUUAGGCAGGAGAAGAGGUGGGCCUGUAAAUUUGAGUUUCUUUUUUAUUGUCCCAAAUUAUUUGUCUCCCCCCAUUCAUAUUUAUCUUCAAAUAUGUUGUGCACAAGGUCUGUAUUCGCUCUAUUUUUUACUACGGUACAAAGUUGUUUAGGGGGGAAAUUUAUGGGAGGACAAAUAUUUGAAAUACUAUUGUAUUGUUUUGUUGAUUAUUAGCAUUAGUUCCUUUGAUGUUGUC